GAUGCUGAUUACGUCAUUCUCCCAUGGUGCCUUGCUGAAGAUGGCUGGCGUUCAGGUUGUGUUCGGUACCGCGGCCCAGGAUAUGAACAAGUUUCCUUGCCAUUUGCACGUCAACAUGGGAUUAUAAAACAGUAAAAGUCCACGAGAAGCGAAAGUGGGCAUAGGACGUGGUGGUCACCAAAGCAGAUCAUCGGAGUUGGAGAUGGAAGUGAUGCAUGUGCCGAUGUACAGCAGGGAGCUGGACCCCACUGCUAGGAUGACCAAUCAGGAUGGAGGCCACAGGUCGCCUGACAGUGACCGGCCAACCAGCAUCAGUUCUACCUCUUCUACAUCUUCCUCUUCCCUUGGAUCCUCUGGAAGGCUUAUUCUUGCGCCGAUCAACCUUAACGAAUCAUCUUGUGAUGAGGCGGCAAAGGAAACGAUAGAAAGAACUCCUGAGAAACAAGUAUUACGGAAACGUUCUGCACCUGCCAUUAUACAAAUGUCUUUACCAUCUUCAACAAACUCUUCCCCUGAGGAGAAACCUAUAAAAGACAAACUACUGAGAGUCAGUAUGCCAACAGGGAAACUCAACAACCGAAUCAGCCACACAGAUAGGGUGGUGCUGGAGAUUAUGGAAACUGAACGGGCAUAUGUCAAGGACUUGCAAGACAUAAUCGAGGGUUACAUGGGCUGCAUCGUGGACAGGCCAGAGCUGCCAAUCACAGCCGAGGAUGUCUCCUUCUUAUUUGGGAACAUGGAGCAAAUUUACGACUUCAACAGUGGACUCCUAAAGAACCUGGAAAAUUGCAGACUGAGAGCAGUCAAGGUCGCAGAAUGUUUUGUUGAAAAGGCAAAAGAAUUCCACAUCUACACACAAUACUGCACCAAUUACCCCAGUGCUGUUGCUGUUUUGACUGAGUGCACACAAAACAGAGUCAUGAAUGACUUCUUCAAGGAGAGACAAGCAGUCCUAAAGCACAACCUCCCUCUGGGUGCCUACCUGCUGAAGCCUGUUCAGAGAGUGCUGAAGUACCAUCUGCUACUGCAGGACAUUGCUAACAACUAUGAAGGUGAGGAUGAGGGCCACAGCACCAUCAAGGAGGCCCUGGACACCAUGACCCAGGUGGCACACCACAUCAAUGAAAUGAAGAAAAAACAUGAAGACAUGCUGUAUGUCCAGGAAAUCCAAAGUCAGCUGUCCGGAUGGGAUGGUCACGACCUGACCACAUAUGGGGAGCUACGUCUGGAGGGAUUUUUCCGUAUGUCCCGGGCCCGGAAUGAGCGUCAUCUGUACCUGUUUGAGAAGAUGCUACUCGUUACCAAGAAGCUACCUGUUGGUCUGCAGUGCAAGACUCACAUCCUGUGUUCCAACCUGAUGAUAGUGGAGAGCAUAUCCAACCAGCCCAACAGUUUCCAUGUCAUACCAUUUGACAACCCAAAGGUGCAGUACACAUUCCAGGCCAAAACCCUGGAGCAGAAAAGAUUAUGGACCAAACAGUUGAAGACCCUGAUCCUAGAAAACCUGAAUGCUGUCAUUCCAACCAGCGCGAGGAAAGCCAUCAUGGAGUUGGGCAAUGAACGUCCCUAUCAUCCUGCACAUGAGGAGCGAGGGGAGAAGAGAAGAACUGAGAGACGAGAUUCCAACAAACAGGAGGAAGAAGAUGACAGGAGGAGGGAUGAAGGGAUUGGAAGCAUGAGACACAGAGUGGGCAGGGCCGACUCCAGGAGACUUACAAGGGCAAAGACAGAUACAGUGUUGACUCCAAUGGCAAAACUUCAGAGGGGAAUACAGCUCAAAGGGAACUUCCUGUUAGGCAUGAAAAAGCCUGAUCUCACCAGUCCUAGAUUUAAGAGAGACAAGUCGUUCCGAGGUGCAGACUCCAGUGCAGAGGGGACUCAGAGUGAGAGUGAGCUGACACCAAGGAAGGCUACCGAUCAGAAGCCUCUUCCUCUCCAGACUUUCUCUGAUGGAGAACAACCACCCACCAUCCAAGAAACUGAUGAGGGACCUGUAGUUGUGAGAAGACGCAGCAGUCGAAAGCGGGCUGGACAGACGCCGUCCCCCAUCGUGGCCCGUAGACGGAGCCGCAGCGUGGACAGUCUAGUGCUGGACGGCACCAAGGAGGACGUGGAGGCUUUCCUGGACGUGCUGGCCAAAGCUGGGAGAGAAACAGACUUGAGGAUUGAAUGUGAUGAGGACAGUAGCAAUAGUAAUGCUGUGGAAGUGCAGGUAGCUGAUGUGGUUUCAGACAGGUCCUCUGGUGCAAGUAACGACGUGGACUUGUCAGAACUGAUGCAUAAUGGAGAAAACAGUGUUAUGUGUAAUGGGAACGAAGCAAUUGCAGAAGAGACAAUGAGCAAAAAGCAAAAUGGUGUUACAUCUGGUAGCCCAGUUACUGUUCAGAAAAACAAACCAAGUGGUGUAGACAGUAAUGUUGCAAGGACUAAGAAGAGUGUUGCCGAGUUAGAGAGGGGAGAUGAAGCCAGUGGAGAAGAUGCCCUUCAAACAGAUUCAGAUGAGGAGGGAGACUAUGACCACAUCUCCCCCUCGUAUCGUCCUGACAUGGUACGGUCCAAGUUUAAUGACAAGGACGAUGAGUCCUCAGACAUCUGGGUUCGCAGACCAGGCAUGUUCAGUAGUGUGCAGAACCUUAACACGCAGCCACGUCCUUCCAAUCUUACACUCUUCCAUCAAUUCCAAAGACCAAAUUCCAAUGGAAUGCUGAAUUUUCAAGCUAAGCCUAGCCGGAAGUAUAGCCUGGAAGAGGCAUUUGAGAUGCUGCAUAGCAGUACAAGUAGCAGCAGCAGCAGCCAGCCCUCCAGUCCCAGCAAGUCUGUCAGCCUGUGCAAUAUCUCAGGAAGCUUUGCAGCGUCUCCGCAACUCAGCCCAAGCAUAGAUUCUUUGUCUGCAGAAGCCGAGAGGAAACUGUCGGAUCUUGAGCAGGACCAAGAGCGCUUGUCGUCAGAAGCUGUUGAUACAGAGGACAUAUGGAGUGACCUGGAAGCCUACAUAGACAAAAGUAUAAAUGACUGCCAGGCAUCCAAGCCAGCAAUUCCAAUGAAAACAAUAGAAGCAACACCGAAGCUGGCAAAAACAGAGAGCAAUGUGAGUCCGUCAGCAAGGGGAAUCAGGUCUGCCCUACACAACUUCGUCCGACGGUCGCCUCUAGCAAGGGCAAGGGAAAGAAGUGAUUCUUCAAGCUCUAUUGGCUCCUUCAGUUCUGUGAGAAGAACCUCUUCAAGCUCUGUCUUCCUUCAGGAAGACAUAAUUGAGGAGCACCCAGGAAGUGGCAUGGCUGGCAAGCAUGGGAAAAACCGAGUGUAUCGGUUGGCCAGAGAGUACAGCAUGAGGGUGAAGAAACGAGCAGCAGCAGCCCAGACUUUAUUAAAGAAACGCAACUAUUCAGAGGGUGACGUUCUCCGCCCUGCUGUUGGCAAGGUGAGGAGUCACUCCUUUGUUGGCUCCCCUGCAGUUGGAGCCCGCAUCGCACAACAUUCAGACCCGUCAAAGGUCCUGAAGAGAAGUAGGAGUGUAACACAGUCAGAUGGGGAUCUCUCAUACAUGUCGGGCUUGAACAGGUUCUCUUCAGCUAGCUUGAACUCCUGUGAUAGCCUGCUAUCAUCUGCCUUCACCUCUCCGGCCAGCAGUCGCCCGCUGAGUGAACUGUCUGUGGGGGAUCCUGUACGCAGUGCUGCAUCAUCAACAGGUGACCCAACAGAAAGUUUGACCGUCCUGAAAAUCACAGAAGAUCAACCUGAGGUGGAAACAACUGUCCAAAGCACAGAAAACAAGACCAAGAAAGAUGAAAAGUCUGAAGUGAGUAAUUCAGAAGAUCCUGGGGAGCGUCGGAACUCCCUCUCCAUGAACAACAACAAUAAGGAUAUUCCUACAAUUGUAAUCAACCAUAAGACUACCCCAAAGAAGGCUGAAACACCCCAAGGGAGACCAAGGAGAAGCUCAAGUACACGGGAGCACAGGUUGUCUACGUCAGAAGCUGUGGUCAAACUUAACAGGAGACCAUUGAGUUUCAUUGAAAGGAGAAGCCUGCGCCAGGGUAACAAAGUGUCGAUAGCUGGGCUAGAUAUAUCCCGCUCUGCUCCAAACUCCGUGACCAGUUCUCCCAUCCUGACAUCCGGUCGGACACGAAAAAUAUCCUACUCCGAGGACAUCACUCAGGCCUUGCAGGGAAAACUUGAGAAGUACGGACUUUCAGCUGAACCUCGGACUGUCGUCAUCAUUGAGAAGGACAAGGACGGGAAAGAAAAGGUCUUCACCUCCCCAAAUGAGAGCAAAAAAGACUCAGGAAGACGAAGGUCAUAUGAGUCCAAACAGCCGCUGUGGCGAUCUCUCUCCUCCUCAUCUCUCAACACAGAUGCAGUAUCCACAAGUUCUAUAAAGGACAGGACAAAGCAAUAUCUGCAGAGUGUUACCGUUCCUACAGAUGAAACGCAGGCUGCGUCUGCACCUACAGAUCCUGCGCCUAUCACAGAGAAGGCAUUUGGACUGGUAGAGAUGAACGGUUGGGUGAAACAUGUCAUCAGUAUGUUCCAGCCGGAUGCCUUCUGAGCCAUCUGAUCAACCCCAGUGCCAUAACCGAGUUAAUUAUACUGAUCAUUAUCUUACUGAUGCAGGGAUCUUGCAAGAACUUAUGUGCAUGUUGCAGCAAACUUUGCUAAAUCAGACACCUGAUUCUGCAUAUUUUUGUUGAAAUGGAAAUUAGCAUGAUGCAGCAACAUUCACCAUUUCUUUGCAAACAGCUCUGUGAUAAUGUGGUUUGAUUCUCAGCAAGGAUUGGGUACUCCAGCCAGUGUGUCAGCAGUUACAUGUACUACUCACAUGGUGCAAAAGUUGUGAUUUCAAACUGGCCAUGGUAGCAUGAAAAUGCAAUGUAAUAAGAAACAAAGUCUAUAGGAUAUGUACGUUUUGAUCUCUAGUUUAGAAUGUUGCUGCUGGUUGGUAUUACCUGGUGUACUUAUGGUGUAAAACCUUGCUGGCAAGGAGAAACAGCUUUAGUCUUCACUGCACCUCGUAGCAAUAAAAACAUGCGCACUUCACGAAGUUCACGUUGAUGUUUUAGAUUUUUGAAUUUGUGAUAUUUGCUGUAAAGUGUUCACUUCCACACAAUUGGUGCUAUUUACAGAGGCUUUGUACUUUGUGUCUUUUUGUGAUUUUAAUACAGUCUUGUCUGAAUGGCCUCUGAUGGAAGCAAAAUGCUAUUUGAUAUACACAUGUAUGUUGACUAAUACAUGUUACGACAAAAUCUGUAUGAUACAACUUUAUGGCAAUAACUAUGAUAUUCUUGGUGCCUGAUUUUCAUAAACAUGUUUUCAUCUACAUAUAUUUUUUAGAUUUUUAUAUGGCGUUUGUAUGUUUUCUGUGAGCUCCCAAUGGUGGGAGGGUCCUGUAUGAUAUUGACAAAUUGUUGUUCCUGUACAGCAUCUACUUGGUCAUGUAAAAAGAAGCAAGUCUGUAGCUUUUAGCAUUGUUAUUUUGGCAUAUUCAUUGUAAUACUUGUUCUAUUUUGAGCAUGCAAAAUAUCUUUAAGUAUUUACAAAUGUAAUGCUUAAUAUGUUAUGGUGUGAAGCAUAGUCAUAUCAAAAUGUCAUACAUACAUGCCCUAAUUGUGUUGCAUGAACAUUGCUACAUUUUUAAACUCCAAAUCCUGGUUCUUGACAUGGGGAAUGGUGACCCCUGGCACAUUGCAUGUAUACUAUUGUUGCUAUUUUUUUCAUUUACAUUUACAGCUUGUCAGGUGCCCUCAGGUUAUAAUUGUUUUUGUAUCUUUUAUUUCAAUUUUCCUUGCUACACCAGUCAGUGUGGAUUGCCAUGAUGGUACAGUGUAAAUGAUUGGUUGCCUAUGUGUCACAUUGUUUUGCAUUAGUAAUCAAAGCAACUCUUAAACCAGAUCCUUUACAAUUCCCUAGAAACAUUGAAGAUUUGUCAUGUGGCUGUAUUGGUGACCCUUGUUGACGGUAGCCUCCCCCCUGUCAGGAAGGCAGAUUGUCAGAAACUAAAAGGAGAGAUGCUGUAGUGCUUCUGCUAUUCCUAGUCAAAACAGCAAAUUUCCUUUUGUAGCCUCCUAUUUGGAAUUCUAUCUACAAGUUAAAACCAUAAUUUUCAUCUUCAAAAUGCAUCAUGUUUCACUGUGGACAUUGUUUAGAUAUAUUCUGCUAUAUACUUUGGCAACUGCUAUAACAGUCUCCCAAAUGAUUAUUUGGGCGAGGCUUGUGUAAUAUUGAAGGGGACAACACUAAUUUGUGGUGUGGCUGAUCCCAAAUGGUUUUUAGUUCUUUCCUGUUCAGACAAUUGUGAAGAAACUGAGGUAUGUACAUUUUCCAUGUGCAUUCAGCCACUCAUGUUGUUCCAUCGAAGUUGGUCAAGUAGUUGGAAUCUACUCUCCAAGCAGAGGUUAGGCUCCGGCUGUUUUUUAAAGUUUUUUUUUAGUCGUUUUUAUCGGACUUUCUAUUUUGUCAUUUUUCUUGAAGUACGCCAGCAGUUAGGUUUUGACACAGCAAGAUAAAAAAAAAAUAGAAAGCCCGAUAAAAACGACUAAAAAAACGUUAAAAAAACAGCCAGAGCCUAACCUCUGCUUGGAGAGUAGUUGCAAUCCAAAGGCUGACUUUGAUUGAACUGUAUCGGUCUAGAAACAAUGACAUUAGUGAAUCUUUGAGUUGAUUAUUGUUUGAAAUGGUGUUACUUGAAUCAAUUUAAAAAUAACAAUUUAAAAGCAACAACCAUUUUAAAAGUGAUCAGCUAGUACAGUAUUGACUUGUCAUUGGUUAUGUUCUUACGUUAACAUGGUGUGGUUGAAUUUUAGAAUUGGAAAAUAUGACUGCUCUGCAAACAUGUCCAAACAUGAAAGUGUAACUAUCGACCUUGAACCUUUGUACUUGACUUUUUGCUUCAGAUAAAAAGUACACAUUGGAAGCAGCUUAGAGUUCUCAUUUCAGUUAGAUGUGUUUAUAUCUUUCAGCCGGUUCAAAUCAUGCUUAACGAAGUCCAUGGUUUUGAUUCUCCGCAUGUUCAUCUAAGGAAAAACAAUUAAAACACACACAACAGCUCUGCAA